AUGCACUCGCUCAAGCGCGUCCUCCGCCUACCAGUGCCCACCACAACCUCCUCCUCCGGCAGCCUCCGCCGCCUCUCGUCCCACCGCCGCCCUCCGCCGCACCCGCCUGCGGCCACCGGCGACGACGAGUGGAACGAUGCGUGGGAGACCGCAUGGCUCCCGGGCGACUCCCCCGCCUCCUCCCCGGCGCCCGCCGCGCCGUGGGAGUCCCCCACAUCGGAAACCGUUGCAGCCGUAUCCGCCGAGGUGGACCCUGACACCAAAGCCUUCGUCGCCGACAUGGACGAGCGCUGGGCCGAGCGCCGCGCCGCGACGAGGCGGCCGCGCGCUCCUCGCCCUCCUGCUGCUGCAGAGGGAGCGGGCGGCGCCGAGGCGAAGAAGGCGGGGGCGGACGAGUAUAGGACAAGGAAGCAGCGCGUGCACGCUGCGCUUUGGGUGAAGGAGAUCGACAAGAUGGAGGAGGCGCGCCUUGGCGGCGGCGGUAGGCGCGGCGCAGCGGACGACAUCGACCGGCUCCUUGACUCGUGCUCAGAGAUCUUUGAUUCUGGCAACACUGAUUUUGGCGAUUCAAAGAUACCAAGCACUGGUGAGAUCAAAACCAAGCCUGAUGGUUGGGAAAUUACCUCGAGAGGUCAGGAUGGUAACAUAUGGGAGAUCUCACAGCGUGAGGAGGACAUUCUUCUCCAAGAAUUUGAGAGGCGCAUCGCUUUCAGUAAACAGCAGAUUGCUAGCUUCAUCAAGACUCACAUAUUUAGUCGGAGACGACCUAUUGACGGAUGGAAGUACAUGAUUGAAGAAAUUGGCCCCAACGCAAGGAAAGGAAAAGGGAGCGUACAGAGAUUACCAAGUGUGACUGAUCCCGCUACCCAGCCGUUCAGGGAGGAAUCGCCUGCAAUUGCCUCAUCUGGUUCCUCCUUCAGAGGGAACCGGCAUGCGGACUCACCAGGACCUGCCUCUUCUGGCUCAUCCUUCAGAGGAAACCGGCAUGACGACUCAUCCGCAGCUGCCUCUUCUGGUUCCUUCUUCAGAGGAAACCGGCAUUACUGAAGUUAGUACUCCUCCGAUUCGAAUUAUUUGACUCAUCUUUGUCUAGAUACAUUUGUAUCUAUUGAGUCAAUUAAUAUGAAUCGGAGGGAGUGUCGAUUUUCAUUGGUAUUACCGCACAUAUGCCGGCUUGUUUCUCCUAGAAUGCACUGGUAGAAAGAUUACCCGUGGAGAAACAGGAAUCCAGAGAGACCUGGUAUUUUUCUGGGUCAUACGAUUGUGCACUUGUAUAAUUAUUCUGGAAGACGUUACUGCAAAUGUUUAUUAGGGCCAUCACCUUACACGAUAGUCUGUUUACCAAUUGCUUUGUUGAUAACUUCAAAUAUGAUCGGUUAGUUUAACUCGGGGAAGGCU